CGACCGACACAUCACCAGUGACGUCCCUGUCCCAGAAUGCAAUCUGGUAAACAGACAUGGAAGCACCAGGAGAAGACCUCCUUAGAAGCUGAGCACUGCAUUCGUUUCUCUCCCACCGUCCUCUUUGUCAUUCACCCCGUGCAUCCAGUUGCUGUUCACCGACCUGGGGACACAUUUAGAGCUCCAGUACCCAGGGCCUCGAUAUCCUCUCUGGUGUGUGCCAGCCUGCAAACACUAAAGCUGAUGAGGAUUGGCUGAUCAAAUUAAAAAUAAACUCCUUGUUUCUUGUUCUAUCAAGCGGAAAGAAUGUCGGAAAGGGCCGAAGAUGACGUCAGGGGGGAGCAGAGCCGAGCGGCCAGGCAGCAGCUGAAGCAGCAGCAGAUCCAGCGGGGAGAAGGCUCCACAGCAAUGGCGACUGUUGCGGAGCGGAGAUCGCUGCCUAGUCCUGAAAUAAUGCUGGGACAGCCUUGGAGCAGCUGGGUCGACGCCGCCAAACUCCACGGACACGACGGUGCUGAAUCGGAGGAAAGUUUCAAAGACUUAGGGAAAAAUCGAGAAGCCAUGCGUUUGUGCAGAGAAGACAUGCCCAUAUUUGGUCAGUGUCCCGCACAGGACGACUUCUACCUGGUGAUGUGCAGCCACUGCGGUCAUGUGGUCAAGCCACAAGCCUUCCAAGCACACUACGAGAGAAGGCACAGUUCCACCAGCAAGCCAGUCUCCACGUCGCCCUUCCCGGUGUUGGGCAGAAACCGAAGUGCCGGCAGCGGACUGAGCUCGGGCUCUGUGGCCGGAGUUCCAAGCGGAGGGAUCCCUGGCCGGACAUCCACCGCCCUCUCCAGCGUGUCGUCGUCUUCGUUGUCAUCCUCCUCCAAUCCCAAAUUUCCGAAAUCAGCCAAAGACAAGCUGCAAACCAUUCAGCGAAGACCCGCCCACUCCACGUGCAGGACGGGCCCAUCGGACAAAAUCCCAGCUGUGAAGGUGGAGAAGAUGCACCUGAAGGUGGAGUCGUCAGCGAAGCCGCUGCAGGCUCCCUCCGCCCCCGCCACUUCCUCCUCCUCCUCCUCCUCUACGCCCUCUUCUAACGCCACUGUGAGCACUGCCGCCAUCACGACUCCCACGUCGUCGUCGUCGUCGUCCUCUUCAUUGCCGUCAUCAUCAUCAUCAGCCCUUAAACCAGGCCUUAACUGUCCCCUCAUACCAAAGCCUCCAUUGCUGGUAUCUGGUCCCAUUCCCAACGGCAAGGGCCUCCCCGCAGACAAGAAGCAAGACAGCAGCACCAGUAGCAAACGCCACGUUAACAAGAAGGUCUCAGAGCGUGAGUUCAAUCCUGAUAUUCACUGUGGCGUUAUGGAUGCUACGGGUCGGAAACCCUGCACAAGAUCACUAACAUGCAAGACACAUUCCUUAGGCCAUCGGAGGGCCGUGCCUGGGCGAAGGAAGCGCUUCGACAUUUUGCUGGCGGAACACAAGAACAGAACGAGAGAGCGGGACAGGGAACGAGAACUGCACCAAACCCAUUCCCAGCAAUCUGCCCCCCUCAGGGACCCACACCCCUCUCCCCAGCUCGCCCCUAGCCAUGACACCCACCCGGUUUCUCAUGGCAACGGACCAGCCCCUGAUACCACAAAGCCUUUGUCACUCGGAAAGCCCAAAUUUCACAGUCCUGGUCUUCCUCGACUGAACAACAGUCACGCUGGAGGUUCCUCUGGGGAUCCGUCAGUAGUCCACGAGUCCCUGCACCAUCCCCAGCCUGCCCCAGACCUUUUAUCCAGACCCUCAAGUGACGAGGGCGAGAACGAGGAGCGGGAAGAUGGCACGGACAAACUGGACUUCCUCUAUUCAGGUUACCACCCUCGACCGGCAGCUUACUGUACCUUUGGGAGUCGACUGAUGGGGAGAGGCUUUUACUCCUUUGAUAGGCGGUGGGACAGAGUGCGAUGCGCCCUGACCACCAUGAUGGAAAAGCAUGUUAACUCUCAGAUGUGGAAGAAAAUCCCCCUGGCCUUGGAGAAUUCCUCUCUCACACCCCUCCACAGGACAAGCACAAAUUCCCACGGUAGCACUCCCUCGUCAGGCUUCCUGAGCCCCCCGGCGACGUUGCCCCAAAGCCCCUACAGCCAAUCUGUCGAGAGCAGGUCAUCGCUCUCCUACGGGACCACCUUAAACGCUCACAGCUCCCUCCAGGGCGGGCCUGAGCACCCGGCCUAUGGCACCACGCAGGCCAGACAAGUGUCUUCGUUGCCACAGAUGCCUUCAGCCCACUUGUCCUCAUCCUCGUCUUCUUCAGCUGCUUCGCUAGCCUCCAGCCGGGCGCUGAAGUCGCGUUCAUCCAGCAGCAGCAGCUGCAGCGCCGCUACCAAAUCAUCUUCCUCAUCCUUCAAGCCCAAGGAGCUCUCCUCUGGCUCCUCUGCGCCUGCCGUAUCGAACUCCACCAGCGGGGGCAGCGCUGGAGCGAACAACAGUAGCAGUACUAGCUUCAGCUCGGGAAAGAAGAGGAAGAACAGUUCUCUCCUUUCUUCAUCCCAUUGCUCUUCUGAAUCCUCUUCUUCUUCUUACGCCAGUGCCCCUUCGUCCUCCUCCUCCUCUUCGUCGUUCAAGAAGAACUGUGCAAACGUGGGCAGCUCAGGGAGCACCUACCAUCACGGCUCGUUGGGAGCUUCGUCGUCGCUGUCCUCCUCCCACAGCGGCGUUCACAGCGUGGGGCUGAACUGCGGCCCCAGCAUGCGGACCAACUCGCUCAGCCUCAAGGCGGAGCCUUCGGCGGGCGGCUCGUCGGGGCCGCCGGCGCGGGGCCCGCCCUCGGGCAGCCCUGCCGAGUCCAUAAAGCGAAUGAGCGUGGUGAUGAACAGCAGCGACUCGACGCUCUCUCUGGGGCCGUUCGUCCACCACCAGCCCGCUUCGUCGUCGGACCACCACGCCAACUUCAGCCACCACUCGGCAGACGGUCGCCUGGAGGCCAAGAAGCGGAAAAGCUCCUCCGCUUCCGGCGGCGUCAACAGCGGAGGCGGAGGUCUGGGUAGGGAAGGAGCAGCAGCAGGAGGAACCGGACCGGGCCGGCCCAAAAUGACCAAGUCCCCCGCUCUUAACAACAUCCAUGGGAAGCACAGCCGGAGCCUUCCAGGGACGCCGGGUCUGCCCAACAACUCUCAUCUACAUCAGCCAAAAGCUCGUCCCUGACAGCGACUUCCUGCCUCUGCGAUGGAAACAGGCGGACAGAGGAAAGUCCAGAGUGGUCUGCAAUCUGUUCUGGACUGCACGAGGCCUUGUGAAAUAAAAUCCACAUGACUCUCAGCUUCCCACAA